GCCGGCCCGCCACGGCCGUCUACGUCUCCUGGCUGCGUGCUGUCUUGUUGACUUCCGGUCACCGAUCGGCGACUUUGCGCACUGAUUGCGUGCGCGGGCGCGCGUACCUGUGCGUGCGCUUGACGAACGAAAACUCCUGUUUUUGUUAUUAUUUUUUUCUAUUUGAAGAAGCUCCCGCGUUGCGCGCGCACGUGUGGGCGCGCGCGUAACGGCUGCGACGCGGCGAGAAGACAACGAUGAGCACUUUGGGAUACUUUUGAACACUUUAAAUAGCAUUUUUUUUUUUACUGGGACGAAAGCAACAGUUGACGAAGAGGAAGGAUGAUGGAUAGCGAAGAUUUCGGAUUUAUGAGCAAAGAGCGAGACAAGCUUCCGCCGAUCUCCAACACGUCGGGGGUCCGAUGCAAGCCUCCGCUUCCGUCUCUGGGGAGCCUCAUCAACACGCUAAAUCACAGAAGGGUUCGGGUCCCGGACGGCAACAUGGCCGCCACCCCGCUGGGCUUCAAACACGUGCGUGAGCUUCCUCCCAUCAGCAGCUUGACGCGAACCAAGCAGAGAGCAUCCAUCGACACGUUGCACCCAGAAGCCAAAGCGCCGUUCCCGUGCGACCCAGUCAUCCCCUCGCGGAACAAGAACAUUAAAGACUUCCUCGAGGAGACGGAGCGGGCGGCGCUGUCGGGCGACUGGCGCGAGGUUCGAGACUUCUACCUGACAACCUUCGACUCUUUUGUGGAGCUCAACGCCGCUUUCAAGCGGGAAGCCAACGCCUCCUUCGACACUAUCGACGACUCGGGAGUCAACGCCAAGUUUGUCAACGCAGUCUAUGACGCUCUGCUCCAAACGCCUCAGGACAUCCAGAAGUCUGUUCUGAAAGGAAUCAUCAACAGUCUGUUGAGAGAGUGGAAAGGACCUCGGACUAAAGACGAUCUGCGUGCAUACUUCAUUCUGGUUCAGAACCCCCAGUAUUCCAGCACCAGCACGUACGUGAUAUACGCUCACCUGUUGAGGCAAAUGGCCGCCUUGUCUGAAGCUGAUCAUCACUUUCUCGUCCACUGGCUGAAAAAGUUGUCGACGCGUCGCUUCCGUCAGCUGGUGGAGCGGCUGCUGCAGUUCAUCUCCACUCGACUUUUUCCCGCCGAGCCCGAGGAGCUCCCGCCCGCCUCCAAGUGCUCCUGGUGGAUCCCGUCCGCCGCCAAAGUGCUCGGCCUUUUCAACGCCGCCAAUAGCGUGUCGUCUCCUCCCAUCAUGCCGUUCAGCGACUUCUACAACAUCACCUUGGAGCACAUCGACUUCAUGGAGGAGUACCGAACCUGGCAGAGCUACGGAAACUCCAGCAGGUUUUCCUUCUGUCAGUUUCCCUUCAUCUUGUCCACGGCGGUGAAGAAGGCCAUCAUCCAGAAGGACUCGGAGCAACAGAUGAUCAGCCGGGCUAGGCAAAGCCUGGUGAGUAAAGUUUCGAGACGUCAGCGCGUGGACAUGAACCUCCUCUUUCUCAACAUCAAAGUGCGACGGGCGCAACUCCUAGCCGACUCGCUGGAUGAGUUGAGCCGGAAGCGCUGCGACCUGAAGAAGAAAUUGCGUGUGACUUUCGUCGGGGAGGCGGGGUUAGACAUGGGCGGACUGACCAAGGAGUGGUUUCUGCUGCUCGUGAGACAGAUCUUUCGCGACGACUACGGCAUGUUCACGUACAUGAAGGAGUCUCGUUGCCAUUGGUUCAGCAGCUGGAAGUGCGACAACAACUACUCAGAGUUUCAGCUCAUCGGGACCCUGAUGGGCUUGGCGGUUUAUAACAGCAUCGCUCUGGACAUCCACUUCCCACUCUACUGUUACAGGAAGCUACUGACUCCGCCCACCGCGCCAUGUGACCAGAACGCCCUGGUCGGGAUGGCGACAGCUACCUUGGACGACCUGCAGCAGAUCAUGCCGGAGCUGGCUCACGGUUUAGAGGAGCUGCUUGACUACGACGGGAACGUGGAGGAGGACUUUUACCUCACAUUCCAGGUGUUGCAGGAGGAAAUGGGCGUGGUCAAGUCGUACAACCUGAAGCCCGGAGGAGACAAGAUUCCCGUCACCAAACACAACAGGAAGGAGUACGUGCAGCUGUAUGUGGACUUCCUGUUGAAUAAAUCCAUCUACAAGCAGUUUGCCGCCUUCUAUCACGGCUUCCACAGCGUCUGCGCCUCCGACGCACUCAUGUUGCUACGUCCGGAGGAGGUGGAGGUGUUGGUGUGCGGCAGCCCUCAGCUGGACAUGAGCGCUCUGCAGAAAGCCGCGCACUACGAGGGCUAUGGCAAGACCGACGCCACCGUCAGGAUUUUCUGGGAGGUGGUGCUGUCGUUCCCCGUGGAUCUUCAAAAGAAGCUCCUUCACUUCGCGACAGGAAGCGACCGCGUUCCGGUGGGAGGAAUGGCUGACCUCAACUUCAAAAUUUCCAAGAUUGACGCCCCCACCGACUGGCUUCCUGUGUCACACACGUGCUUCAAUCAGAUCUGCUUGCCGCCGUACCGCAGCAGGAAGGAACUCAAACACAAACUCACCAUCGCCAUCUCUAAUGCGGAGGGGUUUGGCCUGGAGUGACUCCGCCCCGCCCUCGCCGGCCACGCCUCCAACUAUUUGUUUAGCUAUUUCUGCUCUUAUUUAACGGGAUGGCUUAUAAGCUCCCGGACAAGUUAGCGCUGCAAGCGCUUCGCAGUGCCGCCGUGUUCGUCGCAUCGAGAUGCAAAUAGAGCUAAGCUACUCGCUAAGGAAGUUAGCAGCUGUUGUGCAAAAAUGUUGCCAGGCUCGAGUAUUUGUCACGUUUGACAUUGCGGCGUGUUGUGACGUCGUAGCACUUGAAAGCUUUUGAUUGACGGCUGUCUGAUUGUCACUGACGCGUGUUAGCCUCGGCACUAGCUUAGCAUUAGACUGAACAGGAAGUGCCACUGAAACGCAAAAAAAAAAAAAAAAAAAUGACGCCAGGCAACUAGAUUUCUGAAGACGUUUGACUACAUUCUCACCACUAGACGACUUGACACCUGCAAUACUGGUGCGGGCUAACUUUAGCAUUAGCUUUGCAGUAGACCGAGCUGGAAGCAGACUAGGCAAAUAAACCAGAAGGCGGAUAGGUUUCAGAAAAGUUGUUCUUCCCUCAAACUCUGGCUGCGCCUCUCUGUUUUUCUGGCCUGGUUUCCAAGGUAACUCGCACAGUGCCCCAAAAUGGUGCUGGCUAGGAGCCAAGUAGGUGAAUGUGGGUCAGAACAGCCCCCCGUGAACACGGCAACCACGAGCUGCUCACUCGCUCGCUCACAAAACUUCUUUGUCUCUCUCGCUCCGGAGGGCUCCGCAAGUCAACAUCAUAGCCGUGAGAAGGAGACCACCAGAAAGCGAUGACUAGAACCAGAUGACGACAAAGUGGCAAGCACAACAUGGCGAGUAACAACGAGGCCCUGAAGACUUUACUAAUCAAAUCUGAUGGCUUGAACCCGUCUGCUAAAAGCUACCGACACUCUAACAACUAAAAGUGAGGAAAGGUUAACUUGAACCCAGGAAGUAGAAGCUGGUGACCAGGAGCUUACAACUCCAUGCUGAUUACCAGAACCUGACAAUUAAAACCAGAUUAUUGGACCCCAAGACCUAAAAACUGGAACCUCAGAACUUGCAACUCACCUGCAAAACUGAAAGCAACAGAACUUGAUGAAGAGAAACUGAAAACCAGAAGGUGAACACUAGAAACAGAAGCCUACAAUUUGACGACAACCACCUUUUAACUAGCGAGUACCUGUUGACUAGAAGAAAAUCAUUAGAACCUACUGACAAGUACCUGACACCAGAAUUUGAUGACCCUAGAACCUGCUGACUACAUGACUAGAACCUGAGGAUCAGAAGUUGAUUUCUGGAACCUGAUAACCAGACUCUGAUGAUGUAAAGCUUAUAAACAGAACAUGAAAACCUACACCCUUCCCUAGAACAUUAUGACGAGAAACUAAGAACGUGAACACAAGAAACUGAAGCCUAGAAUUACCCGUAGACUAGAACCUACUGACAAGUACCUGACACCAGAAUUUGACGACCCAUACUUGAUUCCUAGAAUCUGCUGGCUAAAUGACUACAACAUGAGGAUCAGAAGAUGAUUUCUGGAACCUGAUGACAAGACCCUGAUGAUGGGAAGCUGAUAAACAGAACAUGAAAACCUGCACCUAUUAUCUAGAAUAUUAUGACGAGAAACUAACACCAGAAUUUGAUGACCCUAGAACCUGCUGACUACAUGACUAGAACCUGAGGAUCAGCAGAUGAUUUCUGGAACCUGAUAACCAGACUCUGAUGAUGUAAAGCUUAUAAACAGAACAUGAAAACGUACACCCUUCCCUAGAACAUUAUGACGAGAAACUAAGAACCAGAACGUGAACACUUGAAACUUAAGCCUAGAAUUAUCUGUUGACUCAAAACUACUGACAAGUACCUGACACCAUAAUUUGACAACCCAAUGUUGAUUCCUAGAACCUGAUGACUAGAUGAUUACAACCUGAGGAUCAGAAGAUGAUUUCUGGAACCCGAUAACUAGGUCCUGAUGAUGGAAAGCUGAUAACCAGAACAUGAAAACCUGCAUCUAUUAUCUAGAACAUGAUGUAUAGAAGCUGAGAAACAGAACGUGAACACUAGAAACUGAAGCCUAGAACUUGACGAUGGCCACCUUUAACUAGCGAGUGCCUGUUGACUAGAACCUUGUAACAAUACCUGACACCAAAACUUGAUGAUCCAAAGUUGAUUCCUAGUACCUGCUGACUAGAACUUUAGGAUCAGAAGAUGAUUUCUAGAACUUGACAACUAGACCCUGAUGAUGGGAAGCUGAUAAACAGAACAUGAAAAUCUGCACCUAUUACCUAGAACAUGAUGUAGAGAAACUGAGAAGCAGAAUGUGAACACUAGAAAUGAAACCCUAGAAUUUGGCGAUAACCACCUUUAACUAGCGAGUACCUGUAGACUAGAAACAAUGACUAGAACCAACUGACAAGUACAGUACCUGACACCAGAAUUUGAAGACCCAAAGUGGAUUCCUAGGAACCUGCUUACUAGAUGACUAAAACCUGACGAUCAGAAGUUAAUUUCUGGAAUAACUAGAUCAUUAUGACAAGAAGCUGAUAAACAGAACAUGAAAACCUGGAAGUAACUAGAACCCGAUUAAAAGAAACUGACAACAGGACUUAACCACUAGAAAUUAACGGCUUAAAUUUGAUGACUGGAAGCUGAGGGCCAGAAUCUAAAGAUGACAACCAUUAUCUAGCUGUUACUAGUUGAUGGGAAACAAUGACUAGAACCUGACGAUCAGAAGAUGUUUUCUGGAACCUGACGACUAGAACCUGAUGAUGGGAAGCUGACAACAGGAACAUAACUAAAACGUGGUGACAGGAAGCCGAAUUGAUUAGAAGUGUUGACGAGCAGUGUGUCAACAUUGUUUUUUUUUUGUUUUUUUAGCCCAGAGAAGCUACUUUCGGUGAGACGAGCGUGUCCACUUCCUGUUUGUUGAUGUAAAAGUGACAUUAAAAAUCUUUGCUGAAGCUGUUUUUAUUCAUUUUAAAUUCCAGUACCUCAUUUAAGUCAUGGCAUCUUUAAUUCUGCUCUUUCAUGCCCUCACCUCCAGAUAGGGUUUCACUGUUUAUUUUUUAUUUUUUUAAAUGCCCUCCUUUUAAAAAAAAAUUCUUCCCCCAGAAAAUUGAGGUUUUAAGCUUUCCACUGAUCUCGGAGCGGAACUUCAAGUCACCUGAAUGUUUUCCGCCAUGUAUCAUUUUUAGCUAGCGGAAUUUUGCUAUGCGAGGUAGCCAAUUGUUCUAAACAUUAGCAUUAUUUA